AUGUUUUCAAAAAAUAGAGAUCUCGAAGUUGUUGGAUAUACAAAUGCUGAUUGGGCUGGCUCCGUUAUAGACAGAUGCUCUACUUCAUGUUACUUCACUUUUGUGAGAGGUAACCUAGUCACUUGGUGGAAUAGGAAACAAAAUGUGGUUUCUCGAUCUAGUGCUGAAACAGAGUAUCGAGGAAUGGCUCAUGGAGUUUGUGAAUUACUGUGGAUCAGAAGACUAUUGACAGAAUUGGGUCUCAAGUCAGGAAAGCCAAUGAAGUUACAUUGUGAUAACAAGUUAGCCAUCGAUAUUGCCCAUAAUCCAGUUCAACAUGAUCAAACUAAACAAGUUGAGGUGAAUAGACAUUUUAUCAAAGAAAAAAUUGAGAAGAAGGUGAUCCGCCUGCCAUUUGUAAGAUCAGAAGAUCAAUUGGCAGAUAUCUUAACCAAAUCUAUUUGUGGAAGAGUAUUUCAUGACUCACUUACCAAGUUGGGUAUUGGUGACGUAUAUGCACCAACUUGGGAAGGAGUGUUCACGUGA